GACUAUUCUCAAACGUUAAAUAAUGAUCACGGACAAAAUAUUAUGGUUUUGAAAAUAAAAAAUUCGAAUCAAAAUUUUGCUCACAACAAACAGUCUAAAAUACCUAGACUGGGUGAUUAUCAACAACAAAGUGGUGAAUAGUCAUGAGGAAAGCCGUGCUGCGUGGUGGUAUACGCAGAAGAAGAAAUGUGGGCGCCAGGUGCGGUGGUGCAGUGGUGUGUAUAGUAUCAGCACUGCUGGUGGUUCCUGGGUGACAUACGUCAUGUGUGCAGGCGGGUAUACAACGGGUUUGUUUCAACGGUACAUGUGGUCGGGUCAAGUGGUGUUAAUAUAUUUUUUAAUUAUAUCAGCUAUUUUUGGUGUUGAAUGUGUUGGUUCUGCUUCAGUUCUAGUUCAUAAAUAUAGUACUCGUGUUGUUCGAACUAAAUACGGUCCAUUACGUGGUGUUAUUGUACAUAGUCACCCUCCAGUUGAAGCAUUUCUUGGCGUUCCAUACGCUACACCACCCCUUGGAAGUCUCAGAUAUAUGCCACCAGUGACACCAUCAAUGUGGCGUAAUGCUCGCUUAGCAGACCGUUUUAGUGCUGUGUGCCCGCAAAAACCUCCAGAUAUAGGAAAUCGAACUGAAGCAUUAUUAGAGUAUCCACGUGGUCGUUUAAUUUAUUUAGAAAAACUGUUACCGUUAUUAGCUAAUCAAAGUGAAGAUUGUCUGUACCUAAAUUUAUAUGUUCCACGAGCAGGCUCAGGUCCUGAGGGUGUAAACGCAGCUUUACCGUGUAUACUUUACGUGCAUGGUGAAAGUUAUGAAUGGAAUUCUGGUAAUCCGUAUGAUGGAACUGUUCUAGCAUCAUUGGGACAUGUAAUUGUUGUUACAAUUAACUUCCGUUUAGGUGUAUUAGGUUUUUUAAAGACGGGUGCUAAAGGCAGUGCUCAAGGGAAUUUUGGUUUAAUGGAUUUAGUAGCUGGUCUACAUUGGUUACGUGAAAACUUACCAGCAUUCGGUGGUGACCCCGAACGGAUUACUCUAAUGGGACAUGGUACUGGUGCAGCUUUAGCUAACUUCAUUGCUGUAUCGCCUGUCGCUAAAGAGUUACUCCAUCGCGUAAUCUUAUUGAGUGGAUCUGGUUUAAGCCCAUGGGCAUUACAACGUGAACCUUUAACAGUAAAACGACGGGUGGCCAUGGCCACAUCGUGUCAUGGUGAUUUAGUUGAAGAUGAUCUGGCUCCUUGCUUACGUACAAAAUCAUUACAAGAAUUACUCUCAAUUAAUAUUGAGCCACCACGCUUUUUACCCGGGUUUGCACCAUUUAUCGAUGGCACUGUUUUAUUAAAUCCAACAAGUGGUGGUGGCGGGAGUAACAGUGGUAGUGGCGGAAGUGGUAGCAGUGGGAGUGGUGGUCAUCCAUUACCGCAACAAUCAAAUGGCGCUAGUUCAACAUUAGCAACAUCCGCGGGUUUUGAAUUAGCUGAUUUUAUUGAUCGUGAUUUAUUAUUUGGUUUAACAAGUACAGAAUCAUAUUUAGAUUUAAAUGCACAAGAUUUAGAAUUUGGAUUUAAUGAGACGCGGCGUGAUCGUAUAUUACGAACAUAUGUGCGGAAUUCAUAUUAUUAUCAUUUAAAUGAAAUAUUUUCAACAUUAAAAAACGAAUAUACCGAUUGGGAACGUCCAAUGCAAAAUCCGUUAAGUGUUCGUGAUGCCGCGUUAGAAGUGUUAAGUGAUGGACAUACUGCAGCACCAUUAAUACGAGUGGGAUAUUUACAUGCGUUACGUGGUGGUAAAACAUAUUUCUUACAUUUUUUACAUCAAAGCAGUGAACGAGAUUUUCCACAGAGGACUGGUAGCGUAAGAGGAGAAGAUGUGCCAUAUGUAUUAGGAUUACCAUUGGUUGGUGGACAGCCUUUUUUUCCACAUAAUUACACACAUGCCGAUAUGAAUGUUGCAAGAUUAUUGAUACAUUAUUUGGCAAAUUUUGUUCGUAAAGGUGAUGAAAAUACACCUAAUAAAAUUUAUUUACAAAUGUCUAGCAUUGCACCAUUUUGGGAUACAUAUGAUACGAUUAACCAACUUUAUUUAGCAUUAGGUACAAAACCAGAAAUGAGAAAUCAUUAUCGGGGACACAAAAUGUCAUUAUGGUUAAAUUUAAUACCACAAUUGCAUCGACCUGGUGAUGGUGAUGAUUUUUCAAUGAGGCAUCAUCAUAUGGAAGAGGGAGCACAAUAUUAUGAUGGUUCAGUUCGUCCACAAACAAUGCAGCGACCAACAAACGUAGGUCAUGUCAUCUCCAACCCACCACCAGUUAGUACUCGUGCACCACAAACAACAUCAACAACAAGCUCAACAACACUCCAAUCUGUAGCACAACCAACACCCAAGUCUGAUACAGCAUUACAAGCAAUUACAACAGAAUGUCCACCAAACUCUACAAUUAGUACAACAUUAAAUCAAAAUGGAAUUAACAAUAAUAAUCAUAAUAAUAAUAAUAACAAUAACAAUAAUAAUUUAUUAAGGAAAUUAGCAAGCAGUCAUUAUCAAAGUUAUACCACUGCCUUAACAGUAACAAUAGCUGUUGGAUGUUUUCUAUUAUUAUUAAAUAUCUUAAUAUUUGCUGGUAUUUAUCAUAAACGUGAUCGAAGUCGACAUCGUUUUGGAACAAAGAAAAAAGAGGAUUUAGCUGAAGCAGGCAGUUGUAGUAGUUCAUCAAAUGAUACAUCUGGACCAGGUGGUCUAUAUGAAACAAAAGUGAUACAUCACUAUCAUAGUGGUGGGCAUAGUGGUGAUCCUAGUGGUAAUAAAAGUGGUAGUUUUGAUUAUGAUUGUCAAUCAAAAUCAUCAAACUUUUUAAAUUUAAUUAGUGUGGAGAAUAGUGGGAGUAUUAUUGGAUACAGUGAAAAAAUACAAUUAAAGAAAAAACAUUCAAUAGAUAAUAGUAGUAUUGUUGAAUUACAAGAAUUUAAAUCAUCACCUCCUUCAGGUGUAAAACGGUGUGCAGGUAGUAUGAACAAUAUAACUGAAUCUAUUUUAUUACCACCAUAUAACGGAGGUAAUAGGGAUGGACAUUAUAGUGCAAGUGGUACGGGUGGAGGUAGUGAAAUGAAUACAAGUCCUAGUAUACCAGAACCCCCUCCACCGCCAAAAGGACAGCCACCAAUGAGUAUGUGUCAACAGAAUCAACAAGGUGGUGGUAUAUUAAGGCCGCAAGGUGGGCCGACAACACCUGGAACCAUGAAAAAACGUGUACAAAUACAAGAAAUAUCUGUAUGACUUAUUUAUAACUUAACGUUGAAUUUGCUUUCCUUCAAGCCGUUUUUGUUGUCUUUUCUUAAUUUUAAAUUAUUUUUCAUGAACAAAUAAUGUUUUUCCUAUGAUAUCGAAUAUAUUCUGAUUAUAUCACAAAAAUAUUGAUUAUGGUUGGUAAUUAUGAGCGAACAUUUAAGAAGCGAUUCACAUUUUUUCUUUUUUUGUUUUACUUUUAUGAAACUAA